AUGGCUUCCGUACCCAAACGCCAUACAUAUAGUGGCAAUGUCGCCACCGAAAGAAACCACCAUCCUCUUCAAAGGAAUAACGAGAUUUUGUAUCCUAUACGUAAAAGCCCACGGAAACAUGCCACCUUUGGGCCAUAUAUAGUGGGUUCUACUCUGGGUGAAGGGGAGUUUGGUAAAGUUAAAUUGGGCUGGUCUAAAGCAUCCUCGCCCAAUGAGGUUCCUAAGCAAGUUGCGAUAAAACUAAUUAGAAGAGAUACCAUCAAGAAAGAUGCCGAUAAAGAAGUUAAAAUAUACCGUGAAAUUAAUGCACUGAAGCAUUUGACCCAUCCAAACAUUAUUUAUUUAGAAGAGGUUUUACAGAAUUCAAAGUACAUUGGGAUAGUACUGGAGUUUGUAUCUGGAGGUGAAUUUUAUAAGUAUAUCCAAAGAAAGAGAAGGUUAAAGGAAUCUUCUGCAUGCAGGCUGUUUGCCCAAUUAAUUAGUGGUGUCAACUAUAUGCAUUCCAAGGGACUUGUUCAUAGGGACUUGAAACUGGAAAACUUAUUAAUGGAUAAACAUGAAAAUCUAGUCAUCACAGACUUUGGCUUUGUGAAUGAAUUCUUCGAAGAUAAUGAACUGAUGAGUACUUCCUGUGGUUCCCCUUGUUAUGCAGCACCAGAAUUAGUCGUUAGUACUAAGGCAUACGAGGCGAGGAAGGCGGAUGUUUGGUCCUGUGGUGUCAUUCUUUACGCUAUGCUUGCUGGGUAUCUACCAUGGGAUGACGAUCAUGAAAAUCCAACAGGUGACGAUAUCGCUAGACUAUACCAGUACAUUACCCAAACACCCCUUAAGUUUCCUGAGUAUAUAACGCCUAUUCCAAGAGACCUUUUAAGACGAAUUCUGGUACCGAACCCAAGAAGAAGAGUAAGCUUACGGGCAAUUCAAAGACAUGAGUGGUUGAAACCACAUCAGGCCUUUUUAAGCAUUCAGCCGAACUACUGGGAUGAACAAUUGCAAAAAGGACAUCCGCAACUAGCUGCUGGGGGCGAUGUUGGUCGACAUACAACUUAUUCCUCGCCAACAUCCUCCCACUCGAAAAGUAGGGAUAGGAACUCGCUGAUAAUAGAGUCAACCAUAGAGCAAUCUCGAAUGUCUCCGCAACCCGUGGCUACUAGACCGGAUUCAUCAAUAUCCAUCAGCGAUUCCACGUUGAUACCGAACAAUACGAAAAGAAAUCAAACUGAAUCUAGGGUAGUUAGCGAUCGUUCAAGUGAAUCGAACAAUCAUAAACGAAACACCACGAACAGCUCUUUACAAGCAGAACAAACUGCUAGGCACUCUUCCAAAGGCAAGAAACAUACAUCAGUUACUGGGCUUCUUACAAUCCCUGGCUCUCCUACCAUCGCGAGGACAAGGAAUAUAUCAUCGGAACCUACUGGCCAGGUAAACGCUCCCAAUCAGACGACUUUUACUCAGGAGGAUUUCCAUCGUGUCGGUAAUUACCACGUGCCUCGUAAUAAACCUAGGCCUACUUCUUACUAUCCUGGGCUUAUUCGAAACACUGCGGAUGAGAGUUUAAUGGAUAUUCCGGUAAAUAAAUUAACCGGAAAGUUGCCGGACUGCAAAAACUUGGUUUCUUCAAAGAAGCCAGAAGGCAUUUCUUCGGACACUGCACAUGAUGCUACUAAAGCUGCUGUUUCUAAUAAUUCCAUUAUAAUAUUACCGGAAGGCCCAGCAGUGAAAAAUUCGCCGGUAGAUUAUCACUAUGCUAUUGGUGACCUGAAUUAUGGUGAUCAACCAACAACAGAAGCUAUCGCGAAAAUGAAUAGAGAUCUUGCUCAUAAAAUAAUAGAGAACGUUGCGCCGCUUGAAAAGAUCGACUUGGAGGAUGAAUCGGUGGUCUCAACUGCUAAAGAGUCCAAUGGCUCUGUUAGUGAAGAAGAUACUGAAAUUCGGCCAGGUAAUGUUGUCAAUCCUUCUAACAAAUCGGUUUUUUCCUUGGAAAAAGAAAAUAGGAAAAACUACGAAAGAAAAAGGUUCAGUUUCAUGUCAUUAUAUUCAUCCUUGAAUGGGUCGAGAUCCACUGUGGAAUCUCGUCAAUCAAAGGUCAAUAUGCCUCCUGUGUCGUCUAGAAAUCCAUCAGGACAGUCAAAUAAGAGCAGUACCAAAAUAACUCAGCAACAACCGCGUACUCUUGUCGAUAACGGUGUGCCGACUAUACCAACGCCUGCUAACAACAUUAAUGACGGUGGAGGAAGGAUUGUCAAUUCUGGUAAUACUGGAAGUGGCAAUCCUAGUAGGCCUAUGCGAGCUUCUGUUAUGAUUUCAACGUUACGAGAAGAAGAAAGAAGUACAGUGUCUACUGAAGGGCACAACGUUGAGGCUCAGACUUCAACAGCAAGAAAAGUUUUGAAUUUUUUCAAGAGAAGAAGCAUGAGGAUUUAG